UUCAAAAAGGGUUACAGUUAAAAACUCAGAACCUUUACAUGGCGGAAACCGCUACACCGGAACCGGUAACCGUCGAGCAAACCACCGGGCCAGCUGCCGCCGUAGACAUGGUUGUAGAAAACGCCGUACUCGCCGGCGUCGAUUCAGCAGCGAACGGCGAGUCCAACCUGAAGCGGCCCAGAGAGGAUGAAGAAGAAGAGGGUGUUUCUAAGAUGCCGAAGGUGGGUGAAGAAGAGAAGAAACCAUCAGGUCCCGUGAAAUUGGGUCCCAAAAGCUUCGACUCUUCCAGGGAGAUGUUCGAUUACUUCUACAAUUUCCUUCAUGUUUGGCCUCCUAAUGUUAAUCUCAACAAGUAUGAACACAUGGUGUUACUGGAAUUGCUUAAGAAUGGCCACACGGAGCCUGAUGAAAAGAUUGGCGGAGGAAUUCUUGCUUUCCAAGUCCGCAAGCAUCCUAUGUGGAAAAGUAGGUGUUUCUUCCUCAUCAGGGAGGAUGAAUCUAUUGAUGAUUUUAGCUUCCGUAAAUGUGUGGAUCAUAUUCUUCCAUUGCCAGAAGAGAUGCAAUUGAAACCUGAUGUUAACAGGGCAUUAAAGCGUCACGGCAAAAAGGGUGGUGGUGGUGGUGGUGGAAGAGGAGGUGGACGUGGUCGUGGCCAUGGGAGAAGGGGGAAGUCACAUUGAGCGCAACGGUUACUGCAGGUCUUAGUAUUGUUUUAAGAUUAUAAUGUUUUUGUACACCUGACCAUAUUAUUUCAUGUUUUCUACUAGUAAUUUAUAAUUCAGAUUUUGGCUUUUUAUCAUAUGCAGUUAUAUUUCUUCCCUGAUCCUUUGCUGAAUGGUGGCCUUCAGUACAAUUUCAGUCGAUAAUAAGCCAUUAGGGAAUUUGGGUUUCUUGCACUGUCAUUUCUAUUAUAAAAUGACAGAGCACUAAAUUUUGGAAUAGUAUAUUUUGUUCUAGGGUAUGUGGAGUUUUCCAUUGAUUCAACGUUCUACCAUCCAUCACAUACGUUUUAGCUUCUUGUGUAAUGCAAUGAAUUCAUUUCUUA